UGGCAUCCCUGGGAACUGAAAUCCAUCAGGGCAUGACAGAGUUUAAAUAGGCGACACACACUCUCUCCCUGCAGAUUCACACUUGCUGGGACGUCUAUCUAAACUACAUCACCAGGAGAAGAGAAUACUCAUACUCUCAACAGCAACUAUGGCGCUUGAGAUAAGCAAAGUCGAGCUCCACGUCAAGGAAAACAAUAAGGAGCACCGCACUGAUGACGUAACCGUAAAACGUUUGAUGGUGCGGCGUGGCCAGAACUUCAAAAUCACUCUCAAGACCAAUCGGCAGUUCCAGCCUGAUACCGACACGCUAAUUUUUACUGCGGAGACAGGACCCAAACCAUCAGAGGAAAAGGGCACGCGUUGCGUGUUUGGUUUCCCAAAGUUGACGGGUGCAAAGAAAGCAUGGACAGCACUGGUACAGGAGAGUGGCCGAUCUUCCAUGACCUUGGCCAUAAGCAGCCCAGCUGAUGCCAGUGUGGGCUCUUACAAUCUGUAUAUGAGGGAAGGGUCACACGCCACCCCUCAAUCCAUCACAAAUAUGGUGCUCCUCUUUAACCCCUGGUGCACAGAGGACUGGGUGCACCUCCCAGAGGAAGCUGAGAGGCAGGAGUAUGUGAUGGCUGAGCAGGGCAUCAUCUACAGAGGAUCUGCUGACCGCAUCGGCCCCCUUGCCUGGAACUUUGGACAGUUUGAGGAGGAUAUGGUGGACAUCUGCAUGAAGCUGCUGGACAUGAACCCCAAGUGUCUGAGGGACCCUGCUGAGGACUUCUCUGCCCGCUGCAACCCCAUCUAUGUAGGGAGGGUGGUCAGUGCUAUGAUCAAUUCUAAUGAUGACCGUGGUAUCCUGGCGGGCCGCUGGCAAACACCGUACUCCGGCGGUGUGGCCCCCACCCACUGGAGCAGCAGCGUGGACAUCCUGCGGCGCUGGUACAAGAGUUAUUACUCCCCCGUGAAGUACGGCCAGUGCUGGGUGUUCGCUGGGGUCAUGUGCACAGUUUUGAGGUGUCUGGGAAUCCCAUGCCGUGUAGUCAGCAAUUUCCAGUCUGCCCACGACACUGAUAAAAACCUGACCAUCGAUGAGUACUACACAGACCACGGGGUUCGGCCUAAGGAGAGCCAUGACAGUGUGUGGAACUUCCACGUGUGGGUAGAGGGAUGGAUGAAGCGGCCAGACCUCUCUGGGGAUUCAACAUACGAUGGCUGGCAGGUGCUGGACCCCACCCCACAGGAGAAGAGUUCAGGAGUGUUCUGCUGUGGUCCGUGCCCUGUGAAGGCUGUUCGGGAGGGAUACACCGACCUGAAGUACGACAUUCCGUUCGUCUUCGCUGAAGUGAACGCCGAUCAAGUCAUCUGGAUGCUCAUGAGAGACGGCUCAAAGCACAGGCUCCACACUGCAACUAGUAAUGUUGGCCAGAACAUCAGCACUAAAGCUGUAGGCGCAUACAGACGGGAGGACAUCACAGCCAGCUACAAAUACCCAGAGGUUUCUAAGAAGGAGCGUCUGGUGUUUGAGGAAGCUGUGAGGAGAGGAAACGAACACAAGCCUCGCCCUCAGCUGUCACUGAAGCCUCCUGCGCUGAAGCUGGAGAUCACAGAGGAGAAGGAGUCAAUUACGGGACAGGAUCUGGAGCUGAGUCUGCUCCUCCAUAGUGAGCACUUGCGGGAGCUCAGCGUGCAAAUCAACGCUCAGGCCAUGAGGUACACAGGCGUGCCCGACAGCCUGGUGUACAGGGAGGAGAAGGAUGUCCUGCUGCAGCCCAAGCAGGACCUCAAGAUUUCCAUCCGGAUCCCAUUCUCCUUAUAUGGGACCAAGAUGCUGGACAACAGCAGUCUAAAGGUCUCGGCACUGGUGCACGACAAGCAGCACCCAGGAGAUGGCUACCUAGCUGUGAAGAACAUCGUACCGCAGGAGCCUACAAUCACCAUCCAGGCGCCCAGCACAUGUCAGCAGUUUACAGAGAUGACGGUGGAGGUCAUCUUUGACAACCCCAUAUCCAGCACACUCAGAGAUGGCGUCCUUACGCUAACAGGCAGUGGGCUGUUGCGUCAUCCCAUGGUGACCAGAAUUCCGGUGCUUAAGGCUGAUCAGCGUGUGCGUGUUCAGAUCCCUUUCACGCCCUACCGAGCCGGUUCCAGGAAGCUGAUGGCAGAUUUGGACUGUGACACCUUCAGGGACAUCAAGGCCAGCUGUAAUGUGGAGGUCAAACCCAACCUGGUGGUUUGCCCACCCUGCACAACCUUCAACGAGUUCAUCUAUGGAGCAUAAAUGGACAAUGGGGGGCUGAUAGAACCACAUAUUGCCCUUUUCCUGUUGAUAUGAACUGAGUGUUUAUAUUAUUUUGUAUCAUCUGACUCUCACACCCCUGGAUAUGCACUCUGUGUUUGUCAGGAAUGAGUUAAGUACUAGUUAGAAGAGAUAGCAGUAGACGAAAGAUAAGGAGAGGUAGAGGAUGGGGGAGAAAGUGCAAGUUAGGAAAGGAGGUGAUCUCUGAAGAGUUGGGUCAUCAGCACUAAAGCUGUAGGCGCAGACAGAUGGGAGGACAUCACAGCCAGCUACAAAUACCCAGAGGGUGAGGGGAACAUCACACACACCUGCCAACCCUACGCUUCUUCUUGCAUAGUGGUACAGCUUCACACACACACACACACACACACUUUCUUUCUUUCUCUCUCUCUCUCUCUCUCUGGGGGGAGGGGGGAGGUCUCCUCAACAGUAAUGUUCCACACCAGUGCAACACUCUACCCUAUAGUACUGAAACUCAGUGCUACAGCAUGCAUGUUAUCAGAACAGGCGAGACAUAUUUUACAAGCAUAACAAGAGACUUAGCCAACAUACUCACUGCAGAAAAAAGCGAGACAUGAUGUUCAUGAAGCUAAUGUUGUAACUCACCAGGAGACAGAAUAGUGGUGGUAUAAUCACUUGAUAUCAUGUGCCAUUUCCAAGAGUUUCAAGUUGAGUCCCUAAAUAUUGUUGUAAUAUGUCUCUGUUUAAUAGAUUAGGCAGCUGCACAAAACAAUAAUUAGAUUUAGAUUUAAUGAUUAGAUUCAGUGUCAGAUUUAGGCUUGAUUUGUGUAAUUAUGUGAAUGAGACAGUUCAUAUAUAAAGGUAUAAAGAUAUACUACUACA